GCUCAUACACUUCCACUUAAAGAAAAUCACAAAAAAAAAAAAAAAAAAAGACAAAAAAGAAUAUGUUCAAUGUACAUACACUAUAGUAGUAUAUCUCAUAAAAGAUAGGAACUUUUAUUCAUGCACAAUUGCUCUUAUCUAUUUUUGUACUUCCACAAUGAAACCUUGUAGUAUUAGAAGUUCAUCUACAAAUCUUAAGACUCCAAUAUUUACUUGUAAGAACUCAAAAGUAGUGAAAUGGGCACCUAUGUUUCAGCUGUCUGGUUUUGAACUUCCAGUUUCUUUAUCCACUGUUCGUUGUACACAUUCUACUGUACAUGCUCAAUCACCUGUUAUUCAAUCGGAUUCUAACACAAGCGUUUUUCAUAUUCAUAAAGAAAAAGUAGAAGGGGUGGAGAAAAAUGUAGAAAAGGUUAUUUAUAGCUGUAGGUUUUUUGCUAUUCUUGCUGUGUGGGGUUCAUUGAUUGGAUCUUUUCUUUGUUUUAUCAAGGGAUGUUCAUGUGUGAUAGAAUCAUUCCAAGGGUACUUUGCAAGCCGAGCUAAGGUUAUUGUGUAUCUUGUUGAAGCUAUAGAUAUUUACCUGUUAGGAACAGUGAUGUUAGUCUUCGGGAUGGGCCUGUAUGAGCUCUUCAUCAGCAACCUUGACCAAGGAAAAUCAACGUCAGGGGAGACAACUCCAAAUAGAUCAAAUCUCUUCGGCAUGUUCACUCUAAAGGAACGACCGCGAUGGUUGGAAAUAAGUACUGUGAGCGGGCUGAAAACCAAAAUAGGACAUGUUAUCGUGAUGCUUCUUCUCAUCGGUUUGUUUGACAAGAGCAAGAGGGCUGUUAUAAAUUCACCAUUUGAUCUACUUUGCUUUGCAGCUUCUGUGCUUCUUUGCUCUGGCUGCCUCUAUCUGCUUUCAAGACUCACAGAUGAGAGCUAAGCAUUUUAUUUUAUAGAUAAUCUACAGUCUACAAUUCCGAAUGGAAUGCUGUGGUCCUAUGAAUAACUACAAGUUAUUGUACAUGUACAUAUUCCUAUGUAUAUUACACAAAUGCAAUGUAGUAUAAUAUGAACAUCGUUUGUGUGAAACUCGUGGUCGGACCUUUUCUCGAUCCCCGCACAUAGCGGGAGCUUUACUGUACCAACUACUCUUUUCUUUGUGUGAAACUUGGAGCUCUCUUUUAUUUUC